AUGGACACUGAAAAAGCAAGAAACUCUACUGGCGUACUAAAAGCCUCUCCCGAGGGUGAAAAUGCUACGAGUCGACAUUUGAGACCGUCGUGGCUCACUGAGAUAAUCAGUUUCGUCCUGUGUACAACUAGCCCUUUUGUUGUGAUCUACUACUGGAUAGCCUAUCAUUACUUUGACACAUCGAUAGCUACCGCAGCCAGAGCUGCUUAUUCAGAAGGUCCUUUUCAGUUCUUUGCCGCUCGCCUUCCACACUCAAGCACAAAUGCCAUCUUGGGUUAUGCCGCCUGGCUUGCUCUCCAGGCAAUCCUGUAUAUCUACUUGCCUGGGAGCGAAGCCCUUGGUCCCGUGACACCCGCAGGCAGGAGGUUGAAGUAUAAACUGAACGGCCUAGCAGCGUGGGGCGCAACUGUUGCUUUAUGGGCUGUUGGGGCUGUCUCGGGAAUUAUUGAUCCUGCAUGUAUUGCUAAGAACUGGGAAGGCCUAGUCUGGAUCACCAACGUCUUUUCCGUGGUUGCUGUCGGUGGUGAGCUUCAUCCUCGCAUCGGGAAGAUGUGGGAUUGGAGACAUGAUCUAUCUUUCGCCGCCUAUCAGUAUCAAUCUCACGGGUACAUGACGAAUACCAUGACGGCGGUAGUCAUUAUGCGCGCGUUGGUUGUCGUGGAUUUCUUCGUCAAUGAGUUAUGGUUUUUCCACACCCUGGACGGCAUGUACGAGUCCUUCGGCUUCUACAACAUCUAUGGGUUCUCAGCCAUGAUGCCCGUGCUUUGGUCGUUACAAACACAGUAUCUGGUGAAACAUCCCGAAGAACUCUCGAAUAUAGCGCUCAUUGGUGUCAUACUGCUCUUUGCUGUUGGCUGGUUCAUCCGAUUCUCUGCGGACUACCAGAAAAUGAAGUUUCGUCAAACGGAGGGAGAAUGUCGAAUUUGGGGCAGGACCGCUGAAAGGAUUAGAGCAUCACACCAAACUGCAGAUGGAAAGAUACGUCACUCCUUGCUCCUAUGCUCUGGAUGGUGGGGGCUGGCUCGCCAUGCGAAUUAUACAGGGAGCGUGAUGUACACUCUGGCUCUUUGCGCUGCUUGCGGGUAUGGUGGAAUCUUCCCUUAUACUGAGGCAAUUAUGGCUGGGGGGAUGGUGAUCCAUCGAUGUUAUCGUGAUGAAGUAAAGUGUGCAGCAAAAUAUGGGAAACACUGGGAUGAGUACUGCCGUCAGGUGCGAUGGAGGAUGAUACCCGGUAUUUACUAACAUUUAAGGAGAAAGACGCUUAAACUUAAAAUAUGUACUGUAGUAUUGCUAGGCUCUCCAGAUCCCCAGGGUACUUCCACUAUGUAUUCCCUUUUUAUAGUACAGGUCACCAGCUCCUAGCCUGGCGUAAGAAACCGCCAAAAUCUACAUAAGACAAUCAAACGCCGCAGGAUAUGAUUUCGAGACUUUCAGGAGGUAUCAUUCUCCAUUGACAGACGUCCUAGUCGCGUCCAGCAUAUCAUAUACUGACUCAUAAUGUAACAAAUCUAAGGUGCCCAGUAUGUGUUGUAUAUUAAAUCACCACCGUAGUGAACCGAUCC